AUGGGUGUUGCGAAGAAGACUAGAAAGUUCGGACAGGUCAAACGAGUUAUCGGACUCAAGGACACCCGCCUCAAGGAAAACCGACUAAAGGAAGAACUCAAGCAGAAGGAGAAGGAAGCCAAGAGGACAGUCGGAGGCGAGCUCGUCAAAGAAGCUGCCCAGCUGCCCAGCAACAUGUUCUUCCUCCACAACGAGGCUCUGGUUCCGCCGUAUAACGUCCUUUGCGAUACAAACUUUCUCAGUCACACCGUCCAGAGGAAACUAUCAUUGCUGGACAACAUGAUGGAUUGUCUCUAUGCGAAGUGCAACCCCAUCAUCACCUCAUGCGUCAUGGCCGAACUCGAGAAACUGGGCUCAAAAUACAGACUGGCGCUGAGGAUAGCCAGAGACGAAAGAUGGCAGCGGAUAGAGUGCGACCACAAGGGUACCUAUGCCGAUGACUGCAUCGUGGACCGAGUGAGCAAGAACAGGAUAUAUAUCGUGGGAACCAACGACAAGGCCCUGAAGCAGAGACUACGAAAGAUCCCCGGUGUUCCGAUCAUGAGCGUUGCAAGGGGCAAAUAUUGCGCAAAAAAGGGCCGGCUGGAUCUGUGUGUUUAUGCGCCAAAGCCGGAAAAGAAGAGGCCGGCAGCAAAAGGCGUUGCGGCCCGACUCAAGAGGCUGGAGGGCAUGGUCCGAGAGAUGAUGGACGAUGAGGGCGGUCCCAAGCCUCAAACGACUCAAGAUGCGGGCGAGCCUGUUGCGCCGCAGGUGAAGGGGCAGGUCAUUCACGGAGAUCAUGCGACGACGUAUAUAGGCGCGACUCACUGUUUGGCGAUGCUCGAAGAUAUUGAAGAUAUUAAAGCGUAUUUUGACGACCCCGGCAGUUCGGAAGAGGAGUUCGGGCCGGGCGACGAGCUGGAAGGGCCAGAGAUGCUUUUGCACUCUAGAGGAGCGCCGAGCAAUCGUCAAGAGCUUCUCGCUCAGCUACCCGAACGGCAUGUGGUUGAUCGGCUGUACGUGCAAUUCUGGCAAAACCCCGACCAAGUCUCGCUUCACUGGAUAGCCCUCCUAUUUGCGGUCCUCACCAUGGGCGUGUUUUUCAACAACUUUUCCGCUCCUGACGAAGUCGAAGGGGAUUCUCCAAUCUCUAUAAAGGACAGAAUCAGACAGUACCGCUCAGCCGCGGGAUGGGCGUUGAUAUCGGGCAAAUACUCUCAGCCAACGGCCGUGACAAUCCCUGCCUUUAUUCUCUACGUCGAGGCCGACUUUGUCCUCAAUCGGGCGGCUCAGAUGAACUGCUACAUCCUGUCUGGCGUCUGCCUGCGGCUGAUGCUCAAGAUGGGCUUCCACCGAGACCCGUCCCACCUCGCCAACAUCUCCCCCUUUGAAGGUGAGAUGCGGCGGAGACAGUGGAACAUGGCUGCCCAGAUCGACCUCCUCGUCUCGUUUCACAUGGGCCUGCCGAGCAUGCUUGGUGGGAUCGAGGCCGACACAGAUUUGCCUCGCAACCUAGAGGACGACGACUUUGACGACAGCUGCAAGGAGCUACCGGCACCACGACCCGACUCAGUCUACUCAACCAUGACUUAUGCUAUCCACAAGUCGAGGCUCCUCCGGGUAUUCAGAAAAAUCGCCCAGCAAGCCCAUUCACUAACGCCGCCGAGCUACAGCGAAGUGCUACAACUGGACAACCUCCUCAAGGAAGCCUGGAACAGCGUCCCGUCAUUCAUGUACGUCAAGCCACUGGAAGAGUGCAUCGGCGAGGAGCCCCACCAGAUCAUCCAGCGAUACGGACUCGCCUCUCUAUACCACAAGAGCCGCUGCGUUCUGCAUCGCCGCUAUCUCGCAGAAGCCGUGCCAAAGCCCGAGCACGACUACUCGCGGAACCAAUGCCUGGAUGCCGCAACAACGCUACUGGGCUUUCAGUAUUCCUCUUGGUUGGGAACCAGGCCUGGAAACGUCCUCGGCCGCUCUGGGUGGUUCAUGACCUCGCUUGCGGUGCAUGACUUUAUGCUAGCAGCCAUGAUGUUGUAUCUCACCAUUCAAAACGAAAGCUAUUCGGACGAUGGCAGUGGCUUCGGCACGGCGGGCAGACAGAGGGAAUCGCCGACCAAGGACGAGCUGAUUGACAUGAUUCAACGAUCGUAUGACAUUAGCCGCCAAGUAUUUAACAAACUGACGGAUCUUAAGAAAACUGCGGAUACGUUAGCCGUCAUGCUGGCUAAAGUUGGAAGACCAGUUGACAGCAACUUCCCUGCACCAUCAAGUAAUCACCCAAGCGGAGGAGACUCGUCACGGUCAGCAUCCAGCCAAGCAAUAUCAUCAUCUCUGGACGUAACUGGAAAUAUGUCUGAUUAUGCAACCACCAGUGGAUUCGAAGAUUCCGCUUCAAGCUCUGGACCAACACCGUUCUCCCAAGGACACCCAGCCACCACUGCCGCCAAUACGUCAACCAUUCUCAGUAACAGCAAUGCGCCAAUGGCGCCUAAUGUCGACCAAUUUGAUAUGUCGUGGAUGUUGUCUGCGAAUAACGUAGACUGGAGACAUCUUGAUGCUUCCCUCGCCCAAAAUGUGGUGGGCGACUCGGGAUCCGGCGCUGCUCAGUCGUGGGCGGAGAGGCUGCAGCUUGAUGAUGUGGAUAUGAUCACCACUGAUCUUUGGAGCAUGCCUUCAGGAGGGCGAAGCCAAGGAAUCUAA